AUGGAGAUACCUGACUCUACUGAGAACUCCGACAAUGAGAUCCUGGGAGAUCUCGGCUUUAUUUGCAAAGAAGCUGGAGCUGAAGCAUACUGUGGAGGCUAUAUUGGUGAUGAUCUUGUGUUGGAGUUCAAGUCGUACGAAGAGGUUCUGGAGCAGCAGGAGAGACUGUUUAGGUGCCCUCCAUGGGAUGAGAUAUCGGACUCAGAUGAGGGCUUCAAUGAGGACUUAGAGAGUAAGGUGCCGGCGUAG